AUGUCGCACGCACGAGUGGAAGAACUGUCCGACUCGGAUCCUGAUAUUGACGACCCUUCUGAGUUUCUGCCUCAAUCGGACCAGCACAUAAUCCGGCCGGCAAGCCAGACGACGGCAUCAUCACUCGCCUCGAUAUCAACUCCUCCCUCGUCCACCUCAGGAACGAACCCAACCCUGUUCCGCCCCGCGCCUGGAUCAGCAUCCACGGCCGGACCACCCCCUCAAAUCCGACAACAGUCGCGGGAAGAGAUCAAGCGGUUCCAGUCUCUGUACCCGGUAUACUUUGACAGCACGCGGACGAAGAAGCAAGGACGCCGCGUGUCUGCGCAGCUAGCGAUCCCAAACCCGCUGGCGUGGCAGGUGCUGUGCGCGGUGCGGUUCGCGGUCGGGGAGAACGUGUUCAAGAUGGCGUUUGAGCCCGAGAAGACGCACCCCAAGGACUGGGCCAACCCGGGCCGGGUCAAGCUCCUCCUCAAGGACCCGGAGACGCACGCGCCCCUCAACCGCACCAUCCGCAGCAAGGCGCACCUCUAUACCAUCAUCGGGCGCUGGCUCAAGGACCACCCCACCACCAAGGAGUCGCCGCUCGAGCUGCGCCUGCCCGGUCUCCCCGUGCCGGAGAAUUUUCUGGAGUACGAGGUCGCCGUCCCCCGCGGCUGGAAGAUGGGCACCAUCCUCCCCGUGCAUUCCUCGGCCGUGAGUGGCGGUGGUGUUAGAGACGACUUCUUCAAGGAGGCCAUGGAGGAGCUCAGGCAGGCCCAGAGUCAGGGCCAAUUGCCCGCGGGUGGUCCCGGCGGAGCUGGUGGCGGCAUGCCAGAUAUGAGUGCGCUUCAGAGCAUGAUGAACGGCAUGGGCGGGAUGGGAGGUCUUGGUGGAUUGAUGGGCGGCGGUGGCGGCGGAGGAGGAGGAGGUGGAGAUUCGAGUAUCAAGAGAAAGAAAGACAAGAAAAAGAGUUGA